AUUCAAUACUUCCGCAUUGCGAAAUGUACACACAGUUAAUAGGUCAUAUUUAGUAAAAUUCGUUUAAAAUGCAUAUUUUUAAUACAUCACGAUCUGGAGAUGUAAUGUGUUUUUUUAUGUUUUAUUCAUGUAAGUUGUUGGAAGGAUAAACGUGGAAAGUCCUUGUGAUAAACGUACAUUUUAAUCGGUUGUUUAAAAUGUAUGCACUUUCGUUUUGAAAACCUCCAUUUUGAAUUUUCUAAAAGUCAAUGUUUUCACUUGAAUAUAAUCAGACUUUGAUAAUAUAUUGUUUUGAUACGAUGUUAAACGAUACUUGGCGGGCCGAGAAGGAAUCAAGGAUCUAGACGGAACUGAAAGUGAUCUCGAUAGAUUCGCGGACGACCACAAGGACACUAAGGAAACACAUCUUUAAAUUUUAGUUGUAUUUUAAACCGAAUUAUAUAGUGUAUUAUUAAUUUGCAACUUGAGUUGUUAACUCAUUGGCGACGAGGGAAAACGAGAACUUCAUUAAUAACGUGGUCAAGUUCAGGUAAAUAGGAACUUCGUUGAAUGGUCAGGAAAACAUUCGAUAUUUUAAGGAAACAUUAAGGACAAAGAAAAUCUGCAUUCCACGAGGUCGUUGUGAGCGGCUCAUCCAUUGCGGACAUUUAAAAUAUCUAAAUUGGUGAAUUUUAGGAUUCUUAUCAAUCGGGGUGGUGGUAUAUCGUAAAAAUGUGUACAAACGUUGAAACCGAAACGUAUUAAGGGGAGGAAAAUGUCGGACUACAUUGAUAUCAUUCGCAAGCCGGAAACCCAGAACUGGUUUAAGGCGGCCAUGGGUAUGAACAUCACACGUGACUGCCUUCUCGACAUUGUCAAAGAGAUUACUAAUUAACUGUAUAAUACCAUCCGUAAAGAGAUCAAUAGAAAACACGGUAUUCCGGAGAUCGAUGUCUGCAGUCAGUGUUACACUACAAAUGUUUUGACUUGUGACACCGAUAAUCAAUGCUGCCAUUAUAAAAACGGAAGAUGCGCAUUUCAUGACAUUCAUAAGCCUCGAAAUUGCAGCGCUAAUUUAUGCAAUGAAAUAUGUAAGAAAAUUGUAUGCCAUCACCGAUUUCGCAAUCGUUCAAAACCAAAAAGUUUUCAAGGCCCUACAUGGGUUAACACAGAUGCGUCUAAAUGGUGCGCCGAACCCUGGCAAAUUGCAAAAUGCUAUCUCUCAAAAGACGGAUACAAGGACGUUAAUAAAGAAGAAGAAGCCGACUUCAACGGCAUAGUUAAUAUUAUGUACAACUGUGAAUUCUUUCAAAUGUAUUUCAAGGACGACCUGACACAAAAGGAAAAUGUCUGCGUCAAGGCUAGAGAUGUAAGGCAAGCUGUAUGCCAUUCCUCCACAAUGUCCAUGACCAGCCAUGACAGUGACAGAGCCAUCGACACUCUAGUGGCGCUGUUGCAGAACCUGAAACAUUUCAACCAUCAGGCUGCGUCGAAAAUUGCAGUUGAGAAGCUAAAACAGGUUUGACAAAAGGCUAAAGAAUGGAACGCUAGCAAUUACUGCUGAAGAUGUUGCAACCACUUUUCAGCACUUGAAAGACAAUUUGAUUUCACAAAUUAAAGAAGCUCUUGAACAAGAAAGGGAUAAACUUGUCAAAGAAAUGGUCGAUGCUUUAAAUGAAAACAUAAGUAAAGCACUUGAAACAAUACAAAGGAAAGGCGACGACGUUAUAAAAACUGUACAAACGAAAGAAGUUGACAUACUUGAAACGGUACAAAGGAAAGGAGAGGAUGUACUGGAAACUGUACACAGUACAGGAGAUGACGUACUUGAAACGAUACAAAGGAAAGGAGAUGAUGUACUUAAAAAAGUACGAAGGAAAGAAAGUGAAGUGCUGAAUACACAGAAGAAUGCAACAAGGAACAGUACACUAUCCGAAAUCCAGUCGUGGCUAGUCGAACAGUACAGAGAAAGGUGCGUUGUGCCGGUGUCGAUGCUGGAUCCUGACAUAGAUGUACCUUUAGAACGGAUCUACGUUCCCCCGUCUAUCACGGAACUGAAGAGAGGCCAAGACGACAGACAAGGCGGGAGUAAAACGGACAAGACUUCAACGAUGGAAUCAAAUGUGAAUUCCUACAAAGAGUUGCUUCAUCGUGAUGGGAAUCCGUUUAAUACAAUUUAUAUCCAAGGCAAUCCGGGUUGUGGUAAAACGACGUUUUCAACAAAGCUAGUUCUUGAUUGGUGUAAAGCCCAUUCUGAAAAUGGUGCCAGUACUAAAAAAAAUAGGGACAGUCACUUCCAGAGGAAAAGCGUCAAACCGAACAGGUUUCAGCGAUCUUGACACUUUGCGAGACUACACAUUUCUGUUUUUUGUGUCAUUACGUGAUUACAGCGGAUCAAUGUGUAACGUCAGUCAGAUGGUCGAGGAUGCCAUAAAAGGCAACAGACUACCUUGGGAUGACAGUGUCUGGGAACAUAAAUGUAUUGUUCUGACAGACGCUGCAGACGAAUGGUGCCAUCCUGAAAUACCCUUCCCACCGCCAUGUGACUCUGCGUGCAAGUGCCGUAAAGACCGAGGUAUGCCACUGUAUUUAAAGCGAACAAACAUUACCAACAUUAUAACCGCACGACCAUGGAAACUUGCCAAUCUAAGCAUGAGCGAUACGUUGACGCGUAUGUUCGAAAUUUCCGGCGUUACAAACUACGAAACCUUGGCGGAGAAUGUCAUCCAUGUUUUAGCUGAGAAGGACGGUAUUUCUAAAAAUGAUCAACAAGGCAAAUGUAUUGAUUUCUUGAAGAAAAUAAAGGCAAAAAGCUUCUACAAUCUCAUUACAUUACCAGCUGUUUGUGUGCAGUUAGUUCAUCAGUUUUACGUUGGGCGAUUGAUGGAAGGUUCACUAUGUGCUAUAUACAUGAAUAUGCUAGAUAUGCACAUAGCCAAGGGAUUGCAAAAACUUCAAAUUAAAGAAUUUGACACUGAAUAAACUUAUUUUGAGGAAAUUACACAAACAUUUGGAACAGAAACAACCGAGUAUCUGCGGGGAAAUUGGUCGCUGGUCCGCUCUGCAAGUGUGCUUGCAUUUAAAACACUAACAGACUCUAAUAAAGAAUCUUCGCUAGUUUUUUCGAAAAACACAAUCACAAACCACAUGACGAAAACAAAACUUGAUUACUUACUUCAGACAGGGAUUAUCACAAAGAAAAAAGAGUUGGCGCUUAGCUCGCGAAAGAAUGUUCCAUACAUGUUUGUACACAAAACAAUUCAGGAGUUUCUAGCGUCGUUGUAUAUUGAAAGGAAUCAGACGGAAAUUGAAGACAUCAUGAACGUCAUACAGUCGGUGUAUUGUGAUGCUGAUUCUAUUCUGGACAUUGGUCAGUUAUUUAUCUUCACGUGUGGAAUGUGUGCUCCAGCGGCUGAAAGAAUGUCACAGCACAUCAUGGAUGUCAUAACAUGCGACUUUGAAAGCAAGCUGCAUUGUAUGUUUGAACAGGCGACUGAUAUAUAUGCCACGGUUUCUGUAGCACAAGGAAUUGUAUUGGAUGGCUUUAUUGAAAGGGUGGCAAAUGAACAGCCGUGCUUACAACUGACACUCAGUCAUGUAUCACUUGACGAUUUAAAAAAUAAAAAGAUCAAUGAAAACGAUGCUUUAAAGACGUUAAUCGAUAUGAACAUAUCAAACAUCAUUAGCCUUGAUACACGAUGUAUUGACUUAGCUCAAGAGGAAUCAUAUCGUGCACAGGAAAUUAUUUCGCAAUCAAGAGAAACAUUGUCGUAUUGUCGUAUCUGGCUUAUUGGCGAGUGUCCAUUUGACUUACAGGGUCUAAAACUCAAGUAUUUAUCAUGUUGGCAAACUGAUAUAAGUAAUUUAGACUGCACCUAUAUGCAUGCGUGUGAAAUAUGGGCAAACACACUUUUAUCAGUUGAGUGCAUCUUUCAAUCGAUGUCUGUCACUGGUAAAAAUAUUAGACUUCUAAAGCUGGGGUAUUUUGCAAUACCAAUUGAUCUUCUCUGUUCAACUCUUCCAAACCUGACAACUCUACACACACUAAUAUUAGUACAAACAAACAUUUCGGAUAAACAGCUCUACUUCCUUCCUGAAUCGAUCAGAAAGGUAGUUUAUCAAUACGUUAAGGUUUCCGCUCAACAUAUAAAGUCGAUUGUGGAAUGGUCAAAGUCACGGGACGCGUGUGUGUCUUGCGAAUUGUGUCCCUCCUAUUUAUAUGAUGAAGAUGAGAUUUGUCAAUGGAUUCAGCGGCAGGACAGCAUUGAUAUUUCGCGACGUGAAUUAGAAGAUAAUGCUAUCUAUAUUUCCUGGAGCACCAUUUUAUCUAACUGACAAUUAUCAAACAAGUUGUCACAGAUUCAAGACGAUAAGAACAAUCAGAGAGCGACAUAACACUAAGGACAACAUUGAACAUUGAAAUUCGAUUCAUUAUUCGAAAUUGAUUAAACUAUACGGGAUAUAAAUUCAAAAACAAGAAACAUUUUGAUGUGUUUUUCCCUUUUUUGUUCUUAAAAUGCUAUGGCGACGCGCAAUUAGCUAAUAUAAAUUAGUAAAUGAUUCACGCAAGCGUAAACAUGUAAACACUUUAAUGUUAAAUAUUGAGCUUUCACUAUAGCGUGUAUUUAUUACCAUUUUGUAUACAACUUCAUGCGGUACAUACUAUUUGAAAAUCGAGUGAAUAGUUUAUUGUUUACGAGUUUGUGUAUGGUCGGUGGUGGUUUGUAUCUCACGGAACAUGGAUUCAUGCUAUUGAACUCGUCCUUCGAGAGUUUAAAUAUACGCCACGGACAUACGUUACUACAAGUAUGUUUUAUAUAUUAUGUUAACAAGUCUUUAAGUAACCUUUUCCGUGUGACAAUAUAUUGUGCUGUUUUGUGCAAUACAUGUAUAUGCAAUAUAGAUUAAUUGUAAACACUCUGUUAGAUGUUAACGACACGUGUACCUGUUAUAUAUGUAGUCAUGUGACAUUUAUGAAUGAAAUGAACGUACUAUACACUUGGAGGAACCUCUAAGAAUAAAAUAUGUAAAUAUAAUUGUCUCAUAAACGGCAGAUUAUACCACAGUAAAUGUAUGGUUAUAUUUUGUUAUAUGCCAGAAGUUGUAUUUGAAUGUGCUCACACUUGUCAAUUAUCAAUAAAUGCGCGUGGAAAUCGCUGCACGUGUAAGGACUGACUAUUUUUGAUUAAAUUGUACAGAUGUUUUAACUUAAGAUGACAUUUUCCAAACCUUUUUAUACUUCUCUUACAAGUUUGCGUUAAAUCUGUUUUCAAAUACGAAUCAUGUCUGAGGUUUUUAAUGCGCAUGUUUUGAGUUAUGAUACACAGUGACGUUUAUAAUUUUACUUGUUGCGUUUUUACAGUGGUGUCAUUUUUUGGCAGUCUUACAAUUAUGGCGGACACUAUGCAUAUGGUUAUCUGUAUUUGCAAUGUGCAUAGCGCGUUUGCUGUUUUUGACGACACUUUACGCACAUGAAUUAUACCCAGUUUUCUCAGAACGCGGCUCAUAUGUAAUAUUGACGAUAACAUACGUCAGAGCUUGCUCGGCCGUCAGAAAAUAGCACACAUUGAGACAGUUACAUGUAUAUUAAAAUCUGCGAUAACGAUGGUCACCAUCAUCAAAUGCACAGAGAGAAUCGGGUUUCUUAUGAAUGUGAUUUCUCCACUUAUUCCAAUUUUUAUCUCGGCUGUUUUUGGAGAAAACACGAGGUAUUGUCAUAGCUUGCUCGUCGUCCGGCGUCUGCCGUCCGCCGUCCGCGUCGUGCUAAAACCUUAACAUUGGCUGUAAAAUCGAAGUACUUCCACCUACAACUUUGAAACUUCAUAUGUAGCUGCACCUUGAUGAGUUCUACACGCCGCACCCAUUUUUGGUCACUAAGUCAAAGGUCAAGGUCACUGUGACCUCUUAUAAAAAAACUCUCCUAUGAGUUCUUCUCGCCACUUACCUUUCUUCAUUCCCUUUUGACAAGCUUUCAUUUAUUCAAAACUGCACCCACAGCCGAGCGUUGGCACCCACUAUGCAGUGCUCUUGUUGUUUUAAUAUUACCCUUUAUACCCGCAUGACGUUUUAAGGAGAAAAAUAAUCGACGGCUUCCAAAAUGUCCGCAGUAUUUUACUUUAAAAUCGCACAAUAACAAGUUUAAGUUUCAUUAGUACUGCAAAUAUUGAACCAAACAAGAGCUGUCACCAUAGGAUGACAUAUGCCCCCUAUUAACGCUUUGAUAGAAGUUAUGAGCAUUUUUGAAAACUAAACGCAGAUUUCGAAACCUAAACGCGGACCCUACGUUAAAGGUCAAGGUCACAGGGGUCAAAAUUUGUGUGCGUGUGGAAAAGUCUUGUCCAUAUACACAUGCAUACCAAAUAUGAAGGUUAUAUCUCAAGGGACAUAUAAGUUAUAAGUAUUUUUCGAAACUUAAACGCAGACCCUUAGUUCAAGGUCACAGGGGUCAAAAUUUGUGUGUGUAUGGAAAGGCUUUGUCCAUAUACACAUGCAUACCAAAUAUGAAGGUUACAUCUCAAUGGACACAGAAGUUAUGAGCAUUUUUCGAAACCUAAACGCAAAGUGUGACGGACAUACGGACAGUCCGAUCACUAUAUGCCCUCCUUCGGGGGCAUAAAAAGCUAGGGUAAAAUAAAAAUGUAUGGAAUGGUUUAGUGCACUAUCUAAUCAAUAAUUUCCGAGUAGUUCGAUAAAGAAAAAACACAUGGUGCAUUUGACAACUGCACGGUGACGUUUCAAAUGAUCUUAGCUUUAAGGCAAGAGCUAUCACCAAACCUGAUUUU